UACUAUAAAAGCAUUGAUCGCUGGAAUUCUGAAGGCUGGAGACGGAGCAGAGAACACGCAGACUGCAUCAUGAACUUUCUGGGCAUAUUUUAUCAUCUCUGCUUCUUUCACACUGCUCUGAGCCUGCAGCAUGUGAGGUGGUGCACAAUCUCUGAGCAAGAACAGGCCAAGUGUAAUGACAUGAGGGCAGCCUUCACUGAUGCCAACAUCCUUCCCAAUGUAUUGUGUGUUAGUGGCAGCUCGGCCAUUAACUGCACCCAUAUGAUCAAGAACAAUUUGGCAGAUGCGGUGACAUUGGAUGGUGGCACCAUUUAUCAAGCUGGAAAGGAACAUAAUCUGAAACCUGUGGUUGGAGAAGUAUAUGAUCAAGAAAUUGGCACAUCAUACUAUGCAGUGGCUGUUGUCAGAAAAAAUUCCUUCAUUAGCAUCAACAGUUUGAAGGGCGUAAGGUCAUGCCACACAGGCAUCAACAGAACAGUUGGCUGGAAUGUUCCUGUUGGCUACCUCAUUGAUAGUGGUCACAUGCCAGUGAUGGGAUGCAAUGUUCCAAAAGCUGUUAGUGAAUAUUUCAGUGCAAGCUGUGUUCCUGGAGCCAAUAAUGUAAAUUACCCAAAAUCCCUCUGUCAGCUCUGUAAAGGGAAUGAAGCUGGGCUGGACAAAUGUGAAAGAAAUUCAAAAGAGCAGUAUUAUGACUACAGCGGGGCUUUCAGGUGUUUGGCAGAAGGAGCUGGAGAUGUCGCCUUUGUGAAGCACAGCACAGUGUCUGAAAACACAGAUGGCCAGACUCCUUCCUCAUGGGCGCAAGAGCUUCACUCCAGGGACUUCCAGCUUCUCUGCCGUGAUGGCAGCACAGCUGAGGUUACAGAAUGGAGGAAAUGCCACCUGGCCCGGGUCCCAGCUCAUGCUGUUGUCGUCAGACCUGACACUGAUGGGUCACACAUCUUCCAGAUGCUUAAGCAGGGGCAGCAAAGAUUUCAGAUGUUUGACUCUGCAGCUUACAAUGCAAAGAAUCUUCUCUUCAAAGACACCACCACAGAAUUGGUUCCAAUCACAAAUCAGAACUACCAGGCUUGGCUGGGUGAUGAAUAUAUGCAUGCCAUGCAAGGUUUGAGCUGUGAUCCCACCAGGUUACCAGAAAGCCUGCGAUGGUGCGUUGUGCACACUGAGGAGAUCUGGAAAUGUAGUGAAAUGGCUAUUGCCUUUAAAAAAAAGAACUUGAAACCAGAGAUCCAGUGUGUUUCAGCCAAGACAACAGAACAGUGUAUGGAAAUGAUCCAGAAAAAAGAAAGUGAUGCUGUAAGUGUGGAUGGAGUUGAUAUUUACAUAGCUGGAAAGAUGUAUGGGCUAGUGCCAGCUGCUGGGGAAAGUUACUCUGCUGAUGACAACAGCAACAUGUACUAUGCUGUGGCAUUAGUGAAACGGAACAAUUCCAAUGCUUUCACCAUCAAUGAUCUGAAAGGGAAAAAGUCCUGCCACACAGGAUAUGGGAGAAUGGCUGGAUGGAACAUCCCUAUUGGUGUUCUAAUUAAAAGGGGCUUUAUUAGGCCCAUGGACUGCAACAUUCCUCAAGCUGUGAGUGACUUUUUCUCUGCUAGCUGUGUGCCUGCAGCCAAGAUGGACAGUUACCCAUCAAAACUCUGUGAGCUUUGCAUUGGAGAUAAUAGUGGAAAGAAUAAAUGUGAUGCAAGUACCCAAGAACGUUAUUAUAGCUACAGUGGAGCCUUCAGGUGUCUGAUGGAGGAUUCUGGUGAUGUGGCCUUUGUCAAGCACUCAACAGUUUUUGAGAACACUGAUGGUAACAAUGCUGAUUCCUGGGCUCUUCACCUUCAGUCCAGUGACUUCCAGUUACUGUGUCCAAAUGCAGCCCGUGCUGAAAUCACUCAGUUUUCUCAUUGUCACUUGGCUCAGGUGCCUGCCCAGGUUGUCAUGGUCCACCCAGACACCAACAUUUUUGCUGUAUAUGGACUACUGGACAAAGCUCAGGAUUUUUUUGGAAAUGACAGCAAUGGAAAUGGAUUCAAAAUGUUUGAUUCCUCAGAUUUCCUAGGAACAGAUUUGAUCUUUAAAGAUUCCACCAUUAAGAUUGUACCAGUAGGAGAGAAAACAACCUAUGCAGAAUGGCUGGGGAGUGAAUACAUAGAUUCUCUUGAAGGGAUGCAAUCACCACAGUGCUCUGGGGCAGCUGCAAUAUCCAUGAACAUCAUUGGGCUGCUGGCAGCUAGUGUCCUUCAGAUUAGAUUUUACCCGUGAUCAUUAGGCCAUUCCUUGGAUUAACAGAUAUUCAGCAUAAUAAACUGAAAUACUGGUAAACAAUAAUCUAAAUAAACUGAAGUCAAACUUGUAAAAUGAAUGAGAGAUGCAUAUGGAGAGCAGCAGAAUUAUCCAGGCUAUUCCCUGAUGCUCUAUAUAUCCAUAAAGGUAAUGGGAGAUCUGGGAGGGUGGGAGAGGGAUGCAGUUUACAGCCUCAUCCUUGCCCCCUUCCCUUUGCUUCCCUGCCCCUCUUACCCUGUUUUACAGAUGCUGUUCCUAGCCAUGGCACUUCGAUGCCAAAGGAAAUAGGCUCCAAAUACAAUCCUGCUGUUGCAUGUCCCAAAAAUAGACUCUGAGGUGUCUGAUACUCACAACUAUGGAUAAUUUUUGGUCAUUUUUUUUAAAAAGGUGCCCUCAGAACUUAAUCCAAACUUUUUCAAGUUGUACAGCCAACAUUUCCUGAUUGAAGAUAUUAAAGGCCUAUCCCAGUGGCCUGGUAGCACUCUCCCAUUUGUCCACUCCCAGCAUCUGUAAGUCAGAGGUGUAGGAACACAGGGUUGCAUCCCUAACCAUCAUGGCAAAUAGCCAUUGAUGGACCUAUCCUCUAUAAACUUAUCUAAUUCUUUUUUGAAGCCUGCCUUGGUCUUCCCCUAACAUCCUCUGGCAACAAGUUACACAGAUUGACUGUGUGUUGUGUGAAGAAGUGCUUCCUUUUGUUUGUUUUAAACCUGCUGUAUAUUCAUUUCAUUGAGAGACCCCCUGCUUCUUGUGGCCUGCAUGUCUUUCUGUACAAGAAAUCUGUAGUCUAAACAGACAACUGCAAUAUGUAUGUGCAUUUGUGUAACUAAUAUUUAGUUGCCAGGUCAGUGUGCCUGCUUCUUAAGGGAUCCCCUAUUUUAGCACUAAUAAAGAAUGUUUUUAAAUACACAUCAGAGGGGAGAAUUCUCUAAUAAUGCCUCCAUCAUUUUGCAUUGAUGGUGUUUGUAAGGGACAUGAAUAUUGGUUUUAAAUGUUUUGCUGUUUCCCCUUUGAGUAUGGAUAAUCCUUUAAAGAUCUCAGGGAACUUCUGAAGGUUCUGACUCCCUUUUCUAAGGCCAUUCUCCCCCUGGCUUCCCCAAGUCACACCUAAUACUAUUGGUUUUGCUGCCUAUGUCCUUCCAGAUGUAAGCCUCAUGUCUGAAGCCCUAGAGAGUGGGGACUUUACUAUUGACACCAGCUGGUGAAUAAGGAGAAGAGUGGCCCACAGAUGCUUGAGAACACAAAAUGAAUAGGCCAACCUCAUUUGCAUUUUGGUUAUGUGACAAGUUGGGGCAUUUUAGUUAAAAUACAGUUAAGUUUUGUGUUUUGGGAAAUAAAACACUAUUAUUCUUGUUGGAAAAUGGAAGAACUGCAAGAAAUAUGCCUGGAGCAAGGGGUCACCCUGACUAGACCAUAGUUAGGCACUCAUAGGGAAGGGAGCCUGGACAGACCUAACAGAAAAGAUAGAUUUCUGUCUUCCAUGGAGAGUUUCUCUCUGAUGAUGAGAACUCUGUUAAGGGUUCUAUAUACUACUGAUCCUUUUCUGAAGGCUCAGCACAGAGGUAGUCUCGAGAGCAGAUGGCUUCAAGGCAACAACCAGAGCUGAAACAGAUGGUGGUGCUGAGGUACCUUGGACUGAAGCUGUAAAGAGCAGAGACUCUGGUGCAGGUCUUCAUACCCAACAAUGAAAGCUGAAAUAACUUCAGCUGGAUUGGGUGGUAGAGAGCCCUUAAGAACGCUAGCCAGCUCUUCCCUUUGGGGCUAGAGAAUGACCUGCUAGAAUUCUUGGACUCCAGCAACCUUGGCCAACAAACUGUUGAGUUGGGAAGUUGGGGAUGAGGGAAGUGACUAAAAUGCUUUAGCCAUUCACAAUUGCAAGAGAUAGACUGAGGUUCGGACUAUUAUUAAAACACACA